GAAGCAGAAGAAGAAGAAGAAAACAAUAAUAAACAAUACAAGUGCUAGCUUUAGCUACAUGUUUUGAGUUCGCUGGAAGGCGUUAUUGUAUUCGCAGCGCCGCUAAUUAUUUCAUUUGUAAUUAAGCAACAAUGUCUUCAGUUGAGUGUUUGAGAGAGUUUAUCAUCGAGCGACUAACUGCUGCUGCCGAAGAAAUGUUCGGAGUUUUAAGAAAAACUAUCGUCGAGUACGAGGAAGAGAUCUGCCGUCAGCGCAGACUGCUGGAUAUCGUUUGGAAACCCGAAAUAAAGUUACACAGGAUAGAGCUCCCACAGCAACAUGUCUGUAAGGAGGAGGAGGUUCUCGCUGACCAGCAGCUCUGUAUUCAGGAGAGGAACUCCAGUCUGGACCAAGAGGACCCAGAGCCUCCACAGAUUAAAGAGGAACAGGAGGGACUCUGUAGCAGGCAGGAGGGAGAGCAGCUUGUACUGAAGCAGGAGACUGAUACCUUUAUGUUGACUCCUGCUUACGAGGAAAGUGACCGCAGUGAACCAGAACCGAAAAGUGACCACCAGCUCGUCUCUCACGGCUGUCAUGUAGCUGAGAGCCAAGAUCAGAAAGGAGGCAAGCAUGAAGACUCGGGAUCAACUAGAGAUGCAGAGCCAAAACAAAAGAAUCCAGAUCGCAAACGCAGAAGCCACAGUAACACUGUACACGAGUCUGCCAUUUCAGAGAUUCACCGUAAUCCUCACGCAGGUAAAAAGUCUUUAAAAUGUGACGCAUGUGGAAAAGAUUUUAAGUACAAGUCAAGAUUGCAGGCACACAUGAGAACCCACACACCUGAAAAGCCAUAUUCUUGCAGCAGCUGUGGAAAAAGAUUCAGUCAGACAUCAGAUUUGACCGCUCAUAUAAGAAUCCACACGGAUGAGAAGCCAUAUUCUUGCAAAACAUGUGGGAAAGAUUUAAAAAGUAGCAGUAUCUUGAAGGUCCACAUGAGAACCCACACUGGUGAGAAGCCGUACCUUUGCAAGACCUGCGGGAAAAGAUUCAGUGAAAUGUCAAAAUUGAGAAGUCACAUAAGAAUCCACACAGGUGAGAAACCAUAUACUUGUGAAACAUGUGGGAAAGAUUUCAGAGUUAGUAGUCACUUAAAAGUCCACAUGAGAAGAACCCACACAGGUGAGAAGCCGUACCUUUGCAAGACCUGCGGGAAAAGAUUCUUUGACAUUUCAGCACUGAAAACACACAUGACAAUCCACACAGGCGAGAAGCCAUAUACUUGUGAAACAUGCGGGAGAUCUUUUAGACAGAGUGGUGGCUUGAUAGUCCACAUGAGAAGAGCCCACACUGGUGAGAAGCCGUACAUUUGCACGAUCUGCGGGAAAACCUAUGUUGAUGCGUCUAAUUUAGCACAGCACAGCAGAUUGCAUACAGGCAGGUAGUCUUGUAUUUGCAAAAUAUCUGGGAGACGAUUCAGUUCUAGUGGUGAAAACACACAAGAACUCACAGAAGUGAAGAGCCGCAUAAUUUCAGCACUUGUAGAUAAAAGUUUUACUCACAUCACAUACUUGAAAAAACGCCGAGGAUCAAUAUACACAGGAGACACCAUCGAGCUGAAGCUCCUGUGGAGACGAGUUCACCUCUGAAUUAAAUACACUUUUCCAAUAUCUACAUCUGUCAACUGAAUGUAAAAUGUUUUCCAUAAAAUGAGACGUCAGUUUCUUAUUGUAAAGUUUCCCUUCAUAUGACUGUAUUGUUUAUAUUUCUGUUAGCAGCAGUAUUUCUUUGAAACAGUCGUAAUCUCCCAAAUGGAGGAAACAUUUUUAUUAACACUGAGUGCACAGUAGUGGCUGUUCAAGUCACGGUGUGAUCUUGAUUGUUGUUGAUUUUGCCAAAUGUCUAUUUAUGAAGCAUCUCUGAAUCAUUUUUAGUUUAAAGUUCAACAAGGAUUUAAAAUCCAUCUACCUCAAGUAGUAUUUCAGAGUUCUGUAUGAAGCCCCCUACACAUCUUUUCAUUUCAGGCUUACUGACAUCACUGUUUUAUAUUACCAUAUAAGAAGUCCUAUUAAAUGUGAACAUGCCUCCUUUUUGGUAUUUUUAUACACUGCCUCACUUAUGUGUUUGACUGAUAAGUGGUUUUUGUAUGAUGACAGAUGAAUAACCAGUAGUGAAAUGUAACUAAGUAUAUUUACUCAAGUACUGUACUUAGGUACAAAUUUGAGGUACUUGUACUUUACUGGAGUAUUUGCAUCUGUUGUAACUUUUUACUUCUACUGCACUACAUGUCAGAGGCAAAUAUUGUACUUUUUACUCCACUUCAUUUGUCUCAUUUUUUUAGAUUACAAUUUUUAAUACCCUUCCUUCACAUUCUAGUGGAGCAUUUUCAUUUAUUCAUCUGAUUACUUCUUUCACUACUGUGUUUAACCUCACAGAUUUGCGAUAGGCGCGUCUUUGUAUUGACAUACAUUACAGUAUGUUUGAGCAACAGCAUUUCUUAGAACAAUCACAGUUCUGUAUCUUGGGAAUCUUUGUUUCACAGUGAGUGCACGAUAAUGGCUGUUAAACUUUGGCCAAUUGUGUGGAUAAGAGCAUUUGUCAAAUGUCAUAAAUGUUUUGGUGUCUUGUGGUUUUUGUCAGUAGUUCUAGUGUGCAGUCACUUCGAAAGACUGACAGGCUGAUCUGGAUCAGUUUGAUGGACAGGAAACAAGACUAAAAACUGAAAAUAUCAUCAGUUUUGAAAUUAAAUAUUUUUUAACAUGA